AAGCGAGUUAUUUGCCUUGACGCAAUUCUGUGAGGUGGAAAUACCUUGUGUACAAGGUUCUGCCCUGAAUGGGCCUUGGGCGCAGAGCUCUCCCCCUUUUCUGAUGCAAAGAGGCAACAAAGCCCAGAUAAAGGUCCCCAGGGAAGCAGUCUUGGAGAGUUUGCUCAAGAAGGAAGAGCUGAGCGGAUUUGCCAGGACAGUGGGGAUGGGAGCUGGAAGAAGCAGCAGCGAGGGAUUGAGACAAUUCGGCCACAGCAAUAAUGGAGGUUAUGCCGACGACUUUGACUUUAAUUUAGAAGACGCGCUGGAUGAUGAUGUCCUUUCGACAAAGAGGCCAACCCACAAGCCACCGAAAACUCCUUCUGGCGGAACAGGUGACUUUGACUUGCCCGACCCCUUUGACACCCCGCCGGAGAGGACAACAAAACCAGCAAAGGCAACCACCGGGCCUUAUCCACGGAAACCAGAGGAUGGCCGCUGGAACGUGCUGCAUACCACCACCACCAAGCAGCCGAAAACCACCAAGCCCCCUCCAAAGAAGACCCCAGCCAAAGAUCCCAUGGACUUUGACCUGUCUGAUGCCUUGGAUGACCAAAAUGAUGGGAGAGAUGGUGGGAUGCCCAAUGUCAAUCCUGGUGGCAGAGAACUUUCAGACUCUGACUUGGCCGAUAUCCUUGACGAAGGAGGUUACAAACCGGACAAGAAGAAAGGAGGAAGUGGUGUCAGCGGUGGAGGCGAGAGCAACUAUGAUGACGGUGCGCUCGUGGAGACGGGGACGAUUGCCGGCAUUGUGAGCGGCCUGGCCAUGGCCCUGAUUGGCGCCGUGAGCAGCUACAUCUCCUACCAGCAAAAGAAGUUCUGCUUCAGCAUACAGCAGGGCCUGAACGCAGAGUACGUGAAAGGAGAGAACAUGGAAGCUGUUGUGACUGAAGAACCUCAAGUGAAGUAUUCUGUCCUAGAACCACAGACUGCGGAAGCGCCUCCGCCGCCAGAAAACGCAAAAGUCUGAAUCCCGAGUUUGGGCUGGAAAGGAAGCGGGCAAAGGCAAACACAAACAACGUACACACACACACACACACACGUGCUUCUCACAUGCUUGUAAUUUCGCUUUUUACCAACGUUUUUAUUUGGAUCCAAAGCUAUUUAAUGUGCGUUCUUCUGAGGACAGGCUUCUUCUUGUGGUAGACGGUAGGCUGGUUGGAAUGUUCUUUGGGUUUUUACUUGAUUUUAUGUGGAAGAGUUGUAGGUUUACAUUUGACAUGGUCACGUAGGAGUUUUUGUCAGGUUGAAUACAAAAAAAAAAAAGCAAGCCAAGGUGCUUCAGAGUGGUGGUGUUUCAUAGUAGAGGUAGAGACUUUCAUGAACGAGGACGAACAAGGCAGCGGAGGUAGGGACGACAGGUGUGAGAACUUACAAAGUGCCUGUAAAUGAACAAUCCAAAGCAAACCAUUUGUAACACCUUUGUAAGAUGACUUUCGGCCAGAUUUCCGCCAUCGACGGUGAAGCUCACCGGGGUCCCGAGGGUGGAGUUGGCCCUGUUGAGGAGCGGCACCUCCAGAUAUGCAAGUGCCUGAGCGGUGGUCUUCGUCUGAUAGAGACCCCAAGCGACCAUGCAACUAGGCUUCCCUACAAGCUGUAGCAUCCCACCUGGAUUUGGCUCCUGUGCAGGUAGUCCUUGUGCAGGCAAGGUGUCCUUCAAAAGAUCUGGAGAUGUUUCGCAGGAUUAGGAUCAACCCAGAAAGGCAAGCUUCCACCCUGGGCUCUUCCAUAGGUACGGACAGGUAGCAUCCACCCCAGAUUGGGUUCUCUGUCACUCCAGGUUCCAGAGCAUGCUACAGGGCUCGCAUUUCAGGGAUUGCAAGUCCAAUAUUACUCCAAUGGCUCAACGGUGGCAGUUGCUGAAAAAUUACCAUAGACCUCUAAAUUCCUUUGAGUAAACCCAGUACAGAUUUAUUUAUUUACAGUAUUUAUAUUCCGCCCUUCUUUCUUGCCCCGAAGGCGACUCAGGGCGGAUCACAAUGCACAUAGACAUGGCAAACAUUCAGUGCGAUUAGACAUACGACGUAUAGACAGACACAGAGGCAAUUUAACAUUCUUGAGCUUCUGGCUUCAUGAAAGUAUGCUUGAUUCCGGCCACUUCACCGUCCAUUGGUGACGCCACGUCCUUUCCACACGCUGCUGGAAGUUUUUAUGCUGUUGUAAAUUAGUUAAAUUAGCCUCCCCACAUCAAACGGUACCUAAUUUUUCUACUCAACAGAUGCAACUGUCUUCAAGCUGCAUAGGUCAACAGCAAGCUAGGCUAUUUAAUGGUCGGAAGCUCAAUCCGACCCGGGCUGGCUUCGAACUCAUGAUCUCUCGGUCAGUAGUGAUUUGUUGCAGGUGGCUACUAACCAGCUGCGCUGCAGCCCGGCCCAGAUAUAAACCAUUUUCCCUGGGAGGCAAGGUACAAAACACAAAGCAACACAAUGCUUGAUACAUCAAAUGUAUGGUAGUCCUUUUCCAAUUUGUAGUCGUGUGGUUCACAAAGCCAAAACUCAGAACCAGAAUAAUUACUUCUGGUUGCAAUUUGUCCAUUUUCCAAGCACUGUUAGGCCUGCAACGGGCGCACACAUGUUGCCACCAGCCCUGAGAAAAUGACUUAUUUCUGGUCUAGCCAAUGGAUGUUCAGUUGAGGGACUCUCCGAUUUCUGAAUGUUUUAUGAAUGUCCAAGCGCCUAGUCAUUUCUCCAUUGCUCUCUGACCGAUAGAAACCCUAUUUGUUAUUUGCGUCUUGCUGUUUUUUUCCCUAAAGCUGUGCUAAGAAAAUAAGAUUUCCAAAACCAUCUUUAGUCCUCUUUACUUGGUUCAAAUUUUUCUCUUUUUAUUAUGUGUAUAGAUGUUGUAUAUGUUCAAUAGAUGAAUGAGGUUGUGCAACACAUCCUAGAAAUAUAUUUGGCAAUAAUAGACAUACUCUUAAGACAAACAGAAACAUUUAGUCUGAAGGAGAAUAUUAGCGUUUCUUUACUGAUUACUAGAACUACAUGGACAAAGUAGCAAGAACUAAAGAUUGUUUUGGAAAUCUUAUUUUUAUUUGCACCCUUCUCUUAGCUAUUCGACAUAGAUAUCUGUGCCUGACUGAUUUUUCCCUAGCGCUGCCAUAUCUAAAAGAAUGCAUUAGGAAGAACCUUACGUUGAACCAAACUGUUGAUAGUUUCGACUUUCGACAGGAGUGCUUCAGCAUAUUUUUACGUUUCCGUGAGCCUGGAGUUCCAGCAAGCCACUGAACCAAGGAGUAACAGAGAGCAAAAUCUGGGCCGUGGUCAUCUUUGCCGUGAGCUCUGUCUCAUUUUCGUGGUUCUCAACCUGUGGGUCUCCAGAUGUUUAUGGACUUCAACUUCCAGAAAUCCUAACAGCUGGUAAACUGGCUGGGACUUCUGGGAGUUGUAGGCCAAAAACAUCUGAGGACCCACAAGUUGAGAAUCACUGCUGUAGUGCUAUGUUUUAGCACUAUCACCAUGUGCGAAGAGGCCAUAUUGGUGAACUUAUGGGAAGUACAAGUGUGUUCUCCCUCUUAAGAGCAGACACACCUUUAUCCGUAGCAUGUAUUACAAGGCAGUGAUAGAAUGUGCAGGGGCAAUAUCUUUCCAGAAAUGUGGGGCCUUACUUCUAGGUGAACAGGAAUCUGGAGUUGCUCCGUUCGCGAGGAGGCACCUGCGAGUGCCGUUGCGCACGAGCCUCACCUGAACGCUGCCCGCGAUUCGAGCUCAACCAAGAGUUAGAAGUAGAACCAGGUGGGGACCUUUUUACUCUGGGAUACUAGCCCUUCCAGAUAUGUGAGGCCUUACUUCUAGGUGAACAGGAAUCUGGAGAUGUCGCUGCUCCGUUCACGCAGAGGCGCCUGCAAGUGCCGUUGUGCACGAGCCUCACCUGAACGCUGCCCGCGAUUCGAGCUCGACCGAGGGUUAGGAGCAGAACCAGGUGGGACCUUUUUACUCUGGGAUGUCAUCCUUUCCAGAGAUGUGAGGCCUUACAUCUAGGUGAACAGGAAUCUGGAGAGGUCGCAUGGAGGCGCCUGCGAGUGCCGUUGCGCACGAGCCUCACUCAAACGCUGCCCGGGAUUCGAGCCCAACUGAGGGUUAGGAGCAGAACCAGGUGAGACCUUUUUACUCUGGGAUCCCGGCCUUAUGUACGCUUCGAGGCGAGCCCCGCUGACUUUCCGGUGGCGCUUGCUUCCCUGUAAAAACGCUUAACCCCUUUAGCCUAGAUGUCCGACGACAGCUGUGCAAAUUCCUUCUGCUCUGUUUUUGUUUCCUAACUUGGCAUUUCGAAGCCUUUUGAAUGUAUUUUCGGCGUUUGCUCGCCACAAAAAAAAAGGCUCCUUUUUCUGCGUGUGUCCAGAGUCCCUUGUUCUACUUGUGGCUCCCAUGGGAUGAAAACAGGGGAGAGAUCAUCACAGAAGGAAUGUGGCUUACUUGCUUAUUGUAGGGUUGUAGGCUUUCCACGUCCGAGCUUGCCUUUGGAAAUACUACUGAGGAUGUCUGGGGCAAGGCUGUGGUUUGCAAAGUUUGCAGAGCACAAAAUAAAAAAAAAACAAAACACGUCCGACGAUCACAGAAUACCACGCAGCUGAACUUAACAUGACGACAUACUUCAAACUACUGUAGCAUAUCUCCUUUUUUUAAAAGAAAUUUUGAGCAAAGUACAUUAACCCGUAGAGUAGCGUAAGUAGUGCAUCUUUAGGUAUGAAUAAUAAGUGUUUCGAUGACGCUAGUACUUGCACUAGGAGUCAUUUUCUCAGAUAGAUGAGAUACGAAUCCUCGGUUUGUUUUUUGCCAAUGAUGAGAAAUGUUUCUGUACAUGUAACUUGUCCAUUUUGUUGUACCUCUAUUUCUACUGCAGUUGUCCUGCCGCUGAUCCGAAUCUCGACAAUACAUUCUGAGUGUUUAAAAAAAAUAACCCCACUAACCACUUAGGACAUUUGAAAUGUGUAUGUAUGGCAGAUCAUUUUUUGUAAACGAAACGAACAAAACAGUAGUUCCAUGAAGGAAAAAAAAAUAUUCCAGGUUUUUCUUUUCAUGAUGUGCAAGUAGAUGAUCCUUUAUGCUACUUCCUCCUUCCCCAAAGCUUUUUUUAUAUGGAUUUGGUAAAUGGUUAUGCCUUAAUGUACAUUUUAGGUAGGACAAUACAAAUUCAGAGUAUAGGAAGAAACACCCAACAGAAGGGAAGGAGGCACGUGUGGGAAGGCCGCAUGAGGAGCGCAGGGUGGAAACUUGCUUUGCUGUAUUAGAAUCCCCUUUUGUCUUCCACGUGUUUUGUUAGAAAUUGUGGGAGCUAAUGUCCAAAACACUUGGAGGGCCAAGGUUUGCCCAUGCCUGCUCUAAUCAUGAAAGGGUGGAAAUUUGUCAUCACCAUCUAGAACCAACCGUUAUUGAAGGCUUUCAUGGCCGGAAAUACUGGGUUGCUGUGAGUUUUCUGGGCUUGUUCCAUUCUCUCCUGACAUUUCGCCCACAUCUAUGGCAGGCAUCCUCAGAGGUUGUGAGGCCUGUCGGAAACUAAGUGGGGUUUAUAGUAUCUGUGGAAUGAUGUCCUGGGUGGGAGAAAUAACUCUUCUCUGUCAAUCUUGAUUAGCAUUGCAUAGCCUUGCAGCUUCAAAGCCUGGCUGCUUCCUGCCUGGGGAAAUCCUUUGUUGGGAUGUGCUAGCUGGCCCUGAUUGUUUCCUGUCUGGAAUUCCCCUGUUUUCUGAGUGUUGUUCCAGACUGCAGGAAAAAUGAGAGCAAGGCUAUUGCGUUCCUCACUCUUUUCUAAUAGAGCGAAGCCAGGGGUUCAGCCUGGGACCUCUUGCAUGCCGAGCAUGUGCGUUUCCUUCCCUUUGUACACACAACCAACAAUGUAUCUGACUUUCCCUGUGGGUUCCUUUAUAGCCGCAAAACCCUGUAGUACGACACCUCUGGAUGGGAUCCGUUUCUGCUUUUGUACUGUUUUUUAAUAUUCGUAAUCAAAACAGUGUGCUGAAAAAAAAAUCAAUAUAAAUACCGUAGUUUGUCGCAUAAUAGUCGCAGGCCCUUCUCUCAAAAUGGGGGAAAGUGCGACUAUUGCGUGAUGAAACCCGGUAAGCGCCAAGAGAUGCUCCAGAAUAGGUCAAGCGACACGCGUUUAAAGUCUUCCAUCAGGCCAAAGAUGUAUAUACGACCCUUUCCUGUGCCCUGGAUUUAUAUGCAACAUGCAUCCUUGCAACUAAAGAAAAGAAGGCCAAUUAGAGGAAAGGGAAAGUGGUUUUCUGUGUUUUGUACAAUUAUGAGAAUACUGUUAACUUGCUUACAAGCUGGCUUGGUUUAUACCUUCUCUUUUUUAGUCACAUGUAUCUUCUCAAACAGCAAGCUGCCCUUCUUCCCUUAGAAUAUCGUCACCGAUGGAUGAGUUGCCGUUGUGUGGAUGAGUUGGGGCUCAUCUGAGAUCAGUGCAUCUCUGUGCUAGGUCAAAAAGGGAAUCAAAGCAAACAAAAAAGAAGGGAAACAAAGGAGGAAAAUGCAAGAGAAAUCAGACAGCAAGUGAAGAGAGUAGGUUGUGUCUAAAAGGUGCCAAGCUUUUUAUUUAAGCAAUACAUACAUACCUUUGGCUAAUACAGAAAUGAUUUGUCCCAGGUGAAAAGCUAGCAUGAUGUUACGAAAAGGCAGGCUCAUUUUGCUAAAGUGCAUAUAAGAAUUAUGGGGGAGGGAUUUCCUCACUUGAUUGCUGAACUACAAAACUGGAAAAUAAUAAAUGAAAGACUGACUUGUACAA